AUGGCCAUUGCCAACCCCUCCAUCACACCCAUCGCCAUCAAGAUGGCACCCUCGACGCUUGACCUCUUCGUCCUCACCUUCAACUGCGCCAAGCGACUCAUCAAUGCCGCCGUCUUUGCUUCGCACCUGCAGGCUGCCUUUCAGCAGAAUGCGACAGCUCUGCCAGAGGUCGUUGUUUUCUCCCUGCAAGAAGUCUCCCCUCUCGCCAGUGCUUUCAUCGGCGGCUCCUUCAUCAGCCCUUACCUUCUCGCCUUCGAAGAGGCCCUCAACCUAGCCGCCGCCGCCGCACAAGACGCGAACACAAAUGGCCGCGACGAGACAGUGACCGUCGCACCGACGGCGAGUGCCGGUCCUGUACGGCCGUAUACCCUCGUUCGGGCACGCAACGUCGGCAUGACGGCCAUCAUGCUCUUCGCACGCGACCCGGCAGCGCUGCGAGACAUCCAGGAGGCUGAGGUCGGGUUCGGAGCCAACAAUAUGGGCAACAAGGGCGCCGUCGCACUGCGGGCGACGUUUGGACGUGGCGAGGACGAGACGGAGGUGACGUUUGUGGCAACGCACCUUGCAGCUAUGGAGUGGAACCUACGCAAGAGGAACGAAAAUUGGGGGUCCAUCAUGGAGGGACUCGCGUUUGAGGAUCCAAAGGCUGUGGUGCGGGAGUCCCCAGCACUGACGGCGGCCGCAGGCGAGGAAGCUGGUGCAGACAACGAGCGCUCGAGGUUGCUGGCCGCCGAAGAAGACGACGCGCAGAGCAAGGCGCAGCAGGCGCGCUUACAGGACCUGUCCGUCUUCAGGCCGAGCGCGCACCUGUUUGUCGCGGGAGACCUGAACUACCGCAUCUCGGCGGAGAGCCCGCCGCCCAAGGCGCCGUUCCCGAGCCUCGACGACGCGAGCGAGCACCACUACCCGCGCUUCUUCGAGACGGAUCAGCUGACGGCCGAGCGCGAGGCCGGCAGGACGUUGCACGGCAUGAGCGAGGCCGAGGUGCGGUUCCCGCCCACGUACAAGUACCACGUGCUCGACGGCGAGGACGACAAGGGUGGGGUCAACUGGGAGUUCGCGUCGCACCGCUGGCCGUCGUGGACGGAUCGCGUGCUGUACCUCGACGUGCCAGGGGCAAACGAGGGCGUCGCCUCGGCGGCGCGCAUCGACGUGAGGGCCUACGACGCGCUGCCCUUGCUGCGCACCUCGGACCACAGGCCCGUGUUCCUGCGCGUCGACGUGCCGAUGCUGUCGCCGACCCAGAUGAGAGAGGCCUUGGCUGCGGCCGUCGCUUCGGCUGGGGGCACGGACGAUCCGAGGGCGAAGCCGCCCGUCGACGUCGACGUCGACACGUGGGCCGCACGCGCGGCGGCGCGGCGGAGUGAGAAGUGGGCUGGUUCGACCAUGUAUUUGUGGACGACGAGGGCCGGGGCAUAUGCCAUCGCCGGUCUGCUCGGCCUCGGCAUCGCGGGGUAUCUAUGGGUUGGACGCUCGCAGACGUCUUCUGCUGCUUGA